AUGGAGUUACAGUGGAUCCUUUUCUGGUUUAAGCUUUGCAGAACCCUCACCAUCGUCUCACGAAUGCACAUGAGAAUCUUUUGGCUGUGGGUGAAUGAGAUUCUGGUGAAGUUCAACGACGGUGGUGUUGUUAGUGUUCGUGGAGGUGGAGAGAGGCAGAAAGUCUUGGGCUUUGCUGAAGGGGAAGUCAAAAGAGAAGCCAUUGUAUAUGGGGAUGAGGAAUGGUCUUAUGGGUUCUGUGAACAAGGCACUGGUGUCUUCAGCUGUCCUAGCAGCAAGAACCCCAUGUAUACUUAUCGUGAGAAAAUCGUCCUUGGGAGGACAGCUUGCAGCACUUACAUGGUGAAUCAGAUAUUGCGUGAGCUCAGCAAGGAAUGGCCUGGACAGUCAUAUGAUCUCUUGUCCAAAAAUUGUAAUCACUUCUGUGAUGUUCUCUGUGAGGUACUUGGUGUGCCAAAGCUCCUAGGUUGGGUGAAUCGCUUUGCCCAUGCUGGUGACACGGCCUUGGAAGUUGCAGGGGCAGAGGUGGAGCAGUUCGAGUCCUAG